CCCGCUGCUCCCACUCGCCUUACAGAAGCCGAGCUGAGAACAUCAUCCGCUUUGAGCGCUUAGGCGCAGUGAUUACAUCCUCACACAGUGAGAUAGAGAGAAAGUCCCGUUAUUCGCCAGCUUUUAAUCAGGAGUUACAUUUGUUAAGGUUUCGGCGGCGCGCAAAGAGGAGUUUUUGCCUUUUUCACUGCUCGUUUGGAAUAUGUUGUUGUGAGACUUAAAAGUGAAGAAGGGACACAGAGAGAAGUGGCUUUGUGUUCUGGCUCCAACCUGCAAUGUUUGCGCUGACGCCAAAACUCACAGACCGCUGCAGAAUUGAUUAAAACAGAGAAGCUCGGAUCAAAUGGCUGUGCUUCUCACAGCUGAAACGACACGAUGUUCCACUGACCCGAGGCAAAGGAAAGGAGUUUCACCAUCGGACAGCCCUGUUGCUGUUUAUUUCACUGCCUUUCUGCGGACAGAGGAAAUGGGAAAUGCUCAUUGCUUGUAAAAAAAGGAAUAACACUUUUUUGGUUUCGUCUUGAAGUGCACUUUGUGAAAGGGUGAGGAGAUGAUUUGGUUUCUAUUUCUGCUCUCCAUCCUGGAUGGAGCUGUCUCUCAGCUACACUACUCCGUGCCAGAGGAACAGGAGCCUGGCUCCGUCGUUGGAAAUAUUGCAGAGGAUUUGGGGUUGGACAUUACCAAACUUUCCGCUCGCCGCUUUCAGACGGUGCCUAGUUCAAGAACACCUUAUCUCGAGGUGAACUUAGAAAACGGUGCGCUUGUCGUGAAGGAGAAAAUUGACCGGGAAGAAAUCUGUAAACAGAUUAUCCCAUGCCUAUUGCACCUGGAGGUAUUUUUGGAGAACCCACUGGAGCUCUUUCGCGUAGAAAUUGAAGUGAUGGAUAUCAACGACAAUCCGCCCAGCUUUCCCGAGACAGACAUUUCAGUGGAAAUAUCGGAGAGCGCGAUUCCCGGGACCCGUUUCCCGGUCGAAAAUGCCUUCGACCCCGACGUGGGCACUAACGCGCUGAGCACAUAUGCCAUAACGAAUAAUAACUAUUUUUACCUGGACGUGCAGACGCAGAGCGACGGGAACAAGUUCGCAGAGCUAGUGCUGGAGAAGUCACUGGACAGAGAGCAGCAGGCAGUGCAUCGCUACGUGCUGACGGCUGUGGACGGGGGCAUCCCGCAGCGGACCGGGACGGCACUCCUGGUCGUUAAAGUUCUUGACUCUAAUGAUAACGCGCCCACCUUUGACCAGACUGUUUACUCCGUCAACCUGCGGGAAAACUCCCCUGUUGGCACUUUGGUCAUUCAGCUCAAUGCCACUGAUGUUGACGAGGGACAAAACGGGGAAAUUGUUUAUUCUUUCAGCAAUCAUAACGCCCCGCGGAUAAAGGACUUGUUUAAUAUUGAUGCACGAACAGGCAGGAUAGAGGUCGCGGGUGAGGUGGACUAUGAAGAGAGUAGUACGCACCAGAUUUAUGUCCAGGCUAAAGAUCUCGGGGCCAAUGCGGUCCCCGCUCACUGCAAAGUGCUGGUCAAACUCGUGGACGUUAACGACAACACACCAGAGAUUGGUUUUAGCACGGUGACUGAAUCCGUGAGCGAGCAGGACGCCCCGGGCACCGUCAUCGCACUGUUCAGUGUCUCAGACCGGGACUCUGGUGAGAAUGGACACAUGAGCUGUGAGAUAUUAGGAGAUGUCCCUUUUAAGCUGAAAUCGUCUUUUAAAAAUUAUUACACCAUCGUGACAGACGGACCGCUGGACAGAGAGAACACAGAUUCUUACACCAUAACUGUGGUGGCCAAAGACAAGGGUCAGCCCUCACUCGCCACCAGCAAGUCCAUAAAAGUGCACGUGUCUGAUGAGAACGACAACGCUCCCCGUUUUACGCAGGCUGUUUAUGAUGUGUAUGUGACUGAGAAUAAUGUGCCUGGUGCGUUCAUUCACGCUGUGAGUGCUUUAGACCCUGAUAUAGGACAGAACGCUCUUAUUACUUACUCCAUAUUGGAGUGUGACAUACAGGGUAUGUCUGUGGACACUUAUGUGUCCAUAAACCAGGACACCGGCUACCUUUACGCGCUGCGCUCUUUUGAUUACGAGCAGCUCAAAGAGUUCAGUUUCAUGGUCCAGGCUAAAGACUCCGGUGCGGCUGAACUCUUCUCUAAUGCCACAGUAAAUGUGAUCAUCGUUGACCAAAAUGACAACGCUCCUUCUGUAAUAGCCCCCAUCGGUAAAAACGGCACAGCCAAAGAACACCUGCCGCGCUCUGCGGAGCCGGGCUACCUGGUGACGCGCAUUGUGGCCAUGGAUGCGGAUGAUGGCGAGAACGCACGGCUGUCAUACAGCAUCCUGCGGGGCAAUGAAAUGGGAAUGUUCCGAAUGGACUGGAGGACAGGCGAGUUAAGGACAGCCCGCAGGAUAUCUCCAAAGCGUGACCCGCAGGGCUACUACGACCUGCUGAUCGAAGUGAGGGACCACGGGCAGCCCCCCCUUUCCUCCUCGGCAAGUGUGAGUGUAAUGUUAGUGGACAGUGUGGUCGAAGGCCGCAGCGGGGAUCGCGGCUCAGCCUCCAGGGCAAAGGAGACCUCCCUUGACCUCACCCUCAUUCUUAUCAUCGCCUUGGGCUCCGUGUCCUUCAUCUUCCUCCUAGCUAUGAUCGUGCUGGCCGUGCGCUGCCAAAAGGACAAGAAGCUGAACCUGUACACGUGUCUGCUGGCCGGUGAGUGCUGCCUGUGCUGCAGCUCGUGCUGUAGUAGAGGGGCUCGUGGCCGGAAACAGAAGAAGCUGAGUAAAUCCGACAUCAUGUUAGUUCAGAGCACCAACGUGACGUCAGGGGUUGGCCCCGUGGGGCAGGUGCCCGUGGAGGAGUCUGGUGUGGGCGGUGUGGGAGGUGGCUUCGGGUCCCACCACCACCAGAACCAGAACUCCUACUGCUACCAGGUGUGUUUGACACCGGAGUCCGCAAAGACGGAUCUCAUGUUCCUCAAACCGUGCAGCCCCUCCCGCAGCACUGACACGGAUCACACCAACCCCUGCGGCGCCAUAGUCACGGGUUACAGUGACCAACAACCGGACAUUAUAUCCAAUGGCAGUAUUCUCUCUAAUGAGACAAAACACCAACGAGCAGAACUCAGCUAUCUGGUGGACAGACCCAGACGUGUCAACAGCUCGGCGUUCCAAGAGGCAGACAUUGUCAGCUCCAAAGACAGUGGUCAUGGCGACAGUGAACAAGGGGACAGUGACCACGAUGCCACCAACCGAGGGCAUCCAGCCGGUGCUGACCUUUUCUCAAACUGCACGGAGGAGUGCAAGGCCCUGGGCCACUCCGACCGCUGUUGGAUGCCAUCCUUUGUGCCGUCUGACGGGCGCCAGGGACCAGACUACCGCAGCAACCUUCACGUUCCCGGCAUGGACGCCACGCUGCCCGACACUGAGGUACCCUCCUCUGUCAACCUCUCCGAUCAACUCACCAUGACCUCGUCCACCGUCUCGACCGCCGAUAGGUCAUUCUCCACCUUUGGCAAGGACGGUCAAAGGUCACAGUCACACCACAGUCUUCACCAUCACCUCCAUCAGCAACAGCAGCAGUACAGCUCCAGCACGCUAGAGAGGAAAGAGUAUGAUAGGGGGACUCUACCGUACAAACCCACCUUUCUCUGUGAGUAUCAGUAUGAAAGUUCCCUGGGACCCUACGACUUUGGUCUGGUCCAGUACAGAUACUAAAGGAGGGGACCAUGAAUCUGCCUCUUGAUUCUGAUCUGGACUUUUGAUGUUGUUCAUCAACAUUUUUUUUUUAAAGGAGCUCAAAAGAUAAAGCUUUAUGUUUUGUUGAUCUGAUUUCUUUUCUGUUAUUAUACUUUUGUUUUUUAUGUAAAAAAUGCAAUCUAUCAUUGCUAACUCCUUCUCCAAAACCCACUUUGAAAAAUUUAUAAUCUAACCCCAUCCUAACCCUUCCAAUGUUUGUAACCAUGCAAUUUAUUUUUAAUAAACAGAAUCUGAAUUGGACUCAUUUCAAGCUGCUGUGGCCCCUUUUUCUUUCUUUAUUUCCUUUUCCUCUAAAUUUCCCCACAAAACGCCCCCCCCCCCAUUAGCCUUUUGAAUCUGAUGCUCAUAUAAGUAAAGGUCAUCAACACAACAACAUGUCACAUUAUUUCUUGCCAUAUUCAUAAACCUACAAAUACAUGCUUCUUUUAGGUUAGGACACAGUGCAUAGAGAGGGACAUAUAAGAAAGAUUUGUUCAUGUUGUAAAGGCCAUCUGUUUUCCAUGUCCAGAGUUUUGAUCGUGCAAAAUGACUUCUCUACUUAACAGCCUGAAAGGUGAUAUACAAAAUCAAUCCUGCAUUUUCUUCACAAGGAUUCAAGUCAAGUCUAAUGUAUAUAUGUCUGCUUGUUUGUGGAUCAAAAGUUGGGCCAGAUAAGCUGUCAACCCUGAGGUCGAGAUUCUUAAUGUGCCAAGUAACACACCCACGUUUUGUUUAAGAAAUGGAACUUCUUUAACAAGGAAGGGUUUAUAUGGCAAAUAAAACAUAUUGACAUCUAUUGGAAUAAAUUUGAGUGCCCCACUUGCACUUUUUAAGAAGCACAAUGGGAUUCUUUAGAAAAGGCGGGCAGGACACGUCUCGCAGCUUUCGAUUGCUUUCCAAGCUCCACAUCACAUGAAUAUUCUAUUAGUUCUAAGAGGAGAGAAUUGAUUCGCUAUACACAUUCAGUAGAGAAGUCAUUUCCAGUCAAGUCACCACCAUGUUAACCACCAUCCUCCAUGAUACUGCAUGCUGACUGUGAGCUGUCUCUCAGGUAAACGAUGAGCACUAUAACCUAACCUCUUUUUCUCCUUGUUUGCGUCUUGGCAAACAGAGCCAAGCAAUUUUCCUCUUGCACAUCAGGUCUGUGUGAAAAAUAAUUUGUAUUUAGCCUUAAGGUGCGAGAGCCUGCUUUGCUCCAAAUAUAGCAGCCCGAGCGUCUGCUCAUCUUGUCUGCCUCGGAGGGUUAGGAUAAAUGCACUCCAUAUUCGCACAGUUGAAAACCCACAACUUUUUAUAUUUCAUUUUACAUUUCUGGUUUGUGAUUUAUCCUGCUUUUCCUAGUAUGUUGCAAUAAAUAAACCUCGAGCGUUUAUGACAAAGGUGUUGUUCAUCAGUCUGAAGUAAAACAUUUUUUGAGAAUAGUCCCAGAGGCAGAUGCUCUAUUAACCAACAGGCAUCAUGUUCUACUUUUAAAAAUAGCAUUGUAUGCUACUUCUGGCUACAGCGAUGCUCUGAUCACCAGGAUUGCCUUGAUAAAGGCUUUAUAAAUGUUUAAUGAUCCAUUUUGGAUAAUUAAUGAAGCAAUUAGUGGUCUGUGUAUUUUCUAUGCAUGCAUUAUGUAGCCACCAAUUUUUUUUUAACAUUUAUCAUCCCUGAUGGACAUGUUUUUAGUUUUAGCAUCACACUGCACAGAGCAGCCUUAAUGGUAUAUAAAUAACUUCACAGAGAGAGCUUUGUGGCAUGUAUCCAUUCAAAGAUGGUAUUUUGAGCUGACUGUGUCACAUUAAAAGUCUCUAGGGAUAAGGUGCCAUUUGUCUUAACAAGUGUAUUUUCUGUU